GGCCACAACUAUAAAACCUCCAUCGUUCCAGUUCAGCAUUUGAGUAUCGCCUGGAUAAUUGGAUUAAGCUCACGGUUUUCUGUAUCGCUCGUGUUAUUUUUUUUUUUGUUCCAACAAAAAAAAAGAAGUUGGGGGUAGUGUUUGAAAUAGCAGGAUUUAAUUAGUUGGGAUUCAGUGAUUGUGUUGGAUUUCUGCAUUUUCUUAAACGUUUGUGCCAAGAGACCAAAAGAACAAAAAAAUGAAGACCUUCCAGAUUGCCACGUUCCUAGUGCUUGUUGCUACUGUUGCUAGUCAUCCCAGGCCAAGGGCUCAGACCACAGUUGAUCCUGCCUAUCUGAGACAGUACUAUGCACACCUGGCCCAGGCAAAUCAGGCUGGUGGAGAAUCAGCCGAUGCCACACCCAUCUACGAACCCUCAAACCAGGAACCCUCAUCACACUACUCACACCCAUCUCAAGCUCCCAAGACGGCUUAUGUGUCACCAACCGUGCGACAGUACCAUCAGCAGCAAUCCCAGCCACAGCAACAGCAGCUGCACUACGUGAGCCAGCCCAGCAGUGGAUACAAAUCCUCUGGCAAAGCAUCUCAUCACAGACCUUCGUACCAGGAUGAGGAACCGGAAGAUCAUGAUAUUAACUCUUCCUACCAGUUCGGAUUCGACGUGAAAGAUGACGAAUACACCAAUUACCAGAACCGCAAGGAGAUCAGGGAUGGUGGUGUUAUCAAGGGAAGCUAUUCAGUUGUGGAUUCCGAUGGAUUCAUCCGUACAGUCACGUACACUGCUGACCCCAAGGAAGGUUUCAAGGCUGAGGUCGUGCGUGAGCCUACAGACAUCGUGGUCAAGACCCCAGCUCCACCACACCUCAGCAACGAACACCGCCACCACAAUCAUCAGUACUCAUCCCCAGCGGCUUCCUUCAAUAAGCCACAGGCACACAAGCCACACUAUCAGUACGAAUAAGUUAUUUAUUGCCGAUGGCCUAAGUUAAUUUCUCCAUCUCUCAUUUUCUCGUUUAUCUCAUUGUAUUAUUUUAUUUAAAAAGAAAAGGAACCUAAUAAAAAAAAACAAGAAAAAUAA